GUUUGAUUGUAGAUGAGGAAAGCUUCUGAUGUCACCUUGAAGAAUGUGAACUCCGUGGUAACCCUCAGUGAUUCCCUAUAAAUACCAACCCACCUGUACCUAAUGCCACACACAGCAUUCUCACUUUGAGACAUCUCUUCAGCACAAGUCAAAAUGUCUUACCCAAUCAGCGCUCAGCCCCAGGCAACUCAGGCAUACGCCACCAGCAGCCAAUGGACUUCUGACGUAUUUGACUGCUGUCAGGACAUGGGCAUCUGUCUUUGUGGAACCUUUGUCCCCUGUAUAUUGGCUUGUAAAGUAGCCUCAGAUUUUGGAGAGUGCUGCUGUCUACCCUUCCUUGGAGGCACUGUGGUGGCCAUGCGUACCGGCAUCCGAGAACGUUAUCGCAUUCCGGGCAGUAUCUGCAACGACUGUGUAUGCCUCACAUUCUGCAGCCAAUGUGCUCUCUGCCAGAUGGCGCGUGAGCUGAAAACCAGGAACUAAAGGGAGUGACGGAAUAUAACUGGGCAUCGGCAGGACAAAACUUAAAAAUGCAAGAUUGGAUGGAACAGUACAGUACAGAAAUAACACCACAGACCAAAGAUAAAUGUAUCACAUUGUUAUGUAGGGCAAGCUAUGAUAGCAUCUGUAUGCAGCAAAAAAAAAAAGUAAUGCAAUGAAAUAUAUUGUGAAUAUUUGUAAUAAUUAAUAAUUAUUAUGGUUUAUUUAUAUGACUCCAGUAUAUUAAAUAACGGACAUUGCAAGAUUAAAUAAAGCAAGUGCUGUCGACCUUGACACAAUCAUAUAUAAUGCAUAUACACACAUCUACAUCUAUUGAGCGAUUAUAAAUGCUACUAUAAUAGAUUCUGGACAAUCACAAGAUCCAAGAGCCUUGUCCAUCACGCACCCUAACAGGAAGUCUACAGGGAACCUGGGAUUACAUCUAGUUGCUGCACAUCCUUGUCUGAAAAAUCAGGUUUAUGGCCCAGCUCAUGUGCCAUUCCUCCCAUGCCCUUGGCCAAAGAACCUGUGUAUAUUAACAAAAUGUAAAUUAUGGAUCAUUAAAUUAUCAGUCUUUUUGGCACAUUUAUUAUUGUAAUAUUUCACUUUUGGAUGUCUUGCUUUAGUAUGGGCCUCUUCAGGAGUCCUAUGAUCUUUUUGCUUAUAUAUAGAAAUAAUUUAUAUCGCCCAAUAGAAAUUCGCAUCAGGUUUUGCUAUGUUCCUAUGACUUGCUUGUCUGAAAAAUCUAUUUUUUUAUGCUAAAAAUAAAACUCAAAAUGAAAUA